AUGGUCGAGCUUAAAGAACCUGCUAACCUUAAUGAAUUCAAGGAAUUACUCAGCAAAAACAGCAAAGUCAUUGUUGACUUCACUGCCUCUUGGUGUGGUCCUUGUAGAUUGGUUAAGCCUGUCAUCCACAAGCUUGCUGAACAAUACACAGAAAUCCUCUUCCUUGUUGUUGAUGUCGAUGAACGCGCCGAUAUUGCUUCUGAAUAUGGUAUUCGUGCCAUGCCUACAGUCAUGUUCUUCAAGGAUGGUAACAAGGCUGAUGAAAUGGUCGGCGCCGCCCCUAUUACUAGCUAUGAAAAGAAGAUCGCCGAAGUUUUGUAA